AAAAACACACACAUUCAGGUAUAUAAGCCAACCCAGAACGCAGUAGUUUACCUGAAGAUCGAUCAGGCAAAACAGAAGUGCAAAGGUAAAGCAACAAAAAGACGAGAAGAUGAUGGAAGAAAAGGGAAAAGAGAAUGGAGUGGCAGCUAUGGCAGCCUGCUACCAGAAAUUUGAUCCUGCGGCGUAUCUACAGUACAACUACACACCACCACGGGCUGAUUUCACAAGAAAAGACAGCAUCGUUCCCUGGAAACUGGCAUGUUUACAUAGAGCUUUCACUGAAGGUGACGUGAAUGGGGAGCUCCUGGUGGACAUUGGCUCGGGCCCCACUUUGUACCAGGUCCUGAGUGGCUGUGAGGUAUUCAGCAAAGUGCUGCUGACCGACUACCUGGAGGUCAAUCGGCAGGAGCUGAGGCGCUGGCUACAGGGCGGGGAGGGAUGCAGCCUGGACUGGACACCAUACCUACAGCACGUCUGCAAACUGGAGGGCCGACGGCCCUCGGCGUGGACAGAGAAAGCGGCUAAGCUGCGUCAGACCGUUGCAGACGUCCUCCCCGUUGAUGUGCACAGCUCUCAGCCUCUGGCCCCAGACGCCCUUCCUCCAGGAGGGGCCGACUGUUUGGUGUCCUGCUUCUGCCUGGAGAGCGUCAGCCCCGACUUACCCGCCUUCACCAGAGCCCUGGCUCACAUUCAAAAGCUCCUUCGUCCCGGUGGCCACCUCCUGCUGAUUGGAGCCCUGGGAGAGAGUUAUUAUUUUGGAGGUCCUGGGGUAAGAAUCCCUGUGGUUCCACUAAAUGAAGCCCAGGUUUGUGAUAGUUUAAAGGAGAGUGACUACACUCUGAUCAGACUGGAAGUUUAUACUCUGCCACAGGACAUGAGAGUGGGAGUUGAUGAUGUGACAGGAGUAUUUUUUGUAAAGGCAAGAAAGGAAUAAAGACUGAAAUGGCAGAGAUUGUUAAAGAAAUCAUGAGAAAGUGCAUUUUGAUUGUCAAGAACAGUGAGUGUUUAAAAAGAAUAUUGCAACAGAGAUAAGUAACACAAAAAAAUCAGGAAAUGUUUCUCUUGUUCCAUUUCAUUGUCUUAGUUUGGGAUUUUUCUAAAAGCCCCAAACUCUGCUUUUGCUUAAGUUCUUAUUGCUAAUAUAAAAUUAAUUUAAGAUUGCCACAGCAGUUUAAAAUCAGCUUUUGCAGCAUUAAGAUUGUAAAUGCCAGUUACUGUAUGUAUAUUAUGCAGGAUAAUUAAAUGGCAAACUUUGCAUUUUGAUUGAAUUCUGUGCUUGUAUUUAUAUAUUCAAAAUCUAAAUAUUUAAUUGAUUUAGCUCCAUAUGCCUCCGUGAAUAAAAACAAUUUGUGUCCAUGUACCAGUAUUUUACUC